GUUCAGUCCAGUGAGAAGCUGGAGAACUUAAUCCAAAAUAAAAGAGCAAAUCUGUGCUGUAAAUCUGCCAAAUGGAUAGGAGGAAGAAAGGAUCUACUACAGAAUUAAGGCUUGUGGUGGUCGGAAACAGUGGACCUUCACAGUUCCUACUAACAAAUGCCAUACUUGGGCGGGAGGAGUUUUCUAAGGAUAUCACCAGCAUUUCUGACAGCAGGAAGAAUAUUGGAGAGCUGGCUGGAAGACGAGUGGCUGUUAUCAAUGGACCAAACAUCUAUGACAAGGAUAUAUCUCAACCCAAGAGGAAGAUGGAGCUGAGAAGGUCCAAGUGCUUAUGUAUUCCUGGUCCCCAUGCCUUUCUUGUUGCCUUUGACAUGGAGAAAAUCUCCCCAAAUGACAUGAGAGCCCCCAAACUGAUGAGGAAACGCUUUGGAAGACACUGUCUGAGGCACUGCAUGGUCCUCCUGGCCUAUGAAGGAAAUCUGGAAGGGGCUGCCCUAGAAGACAGGGUGCAGAAGACUGACUGGCACCUGAGAGAACUGAUCGAGAAGUACGGUGGCCGCUUUCACGUUUUCAACAAGAACUGGAGAGAUCGCAGCCGGGACAGAGAGCUGCUGCAGAAGAUUGAGCGUAUGGUGGCCUCCUUAGGAGGCGGCUUUUUCUCCAGCAGAAGUUUCCAGAAGGCAGAGGACAGUGUGAAGAAGGAGGAAAAAAGGCUCAGGAAGCAGAGGACAGCAGAGAUAGAGAAGGCAUGGACUGACAUGGAGAAGCAAUACAUAGCGGAGGAGUUGUAUCACCAGAAAGAUGCCUACACUGCCAGUGUCAGUGCCGAGAUCAGAGCCAAGGCAGAGAUGGACAAUGGAUGGCUCAGAACGUCUCUGGCCAGAGGACUGGGGAUGGGUUUUGUUGUGGGAGCUGUCAUGGGUGCACUGGUUGGGUCUAUAGAGGGGCCAGGAGGGAUGGUUUUUUAUGGGAUCAUAGGUGGUGCAGUUGGUGGAUCGGCAGGAGGAACAGCCCAGGUAGCUAUAAAGCAUAUGGAGGACAGAGUGGCACCUCCUGCCAGACUCAACUUUAACUCGAUCUUCAUCAAUCGCUUCUUUGUAACUCCUCGUCCAUGACAGCGUGGUAUUGACCUGUUUUUCAGGAAUAAAAAAGUGAAAAGAAAAACUUAAUAUCGUGUGCACUUUGUAUUUAACUGUUUCUUAUGUAGCGUUCAGGCUGACUUGAUGAUACCAAAUUAGAUAAGGGAAUGUACUCCUUUUAGGUUGAAACACAAACUUUUCUUGUUCCAUACUAUGAUACUGUUUUGGCAAAGAACAGCUUAUGUGGAUUACUAAUGGUCAAAAACAGUAAAUCUCAUGGCUGCUUUAAACUGCAAAUUUGUAUUUUGAAUAAACAGG